AUGAAUAAAGAAUGGUAUCAAAAUGUCCUGCAAGAUCGACUUCUUCCAAAGAUCCAUGAGCAAUUUGGAAGACCUGUCGGUGGAAAAACACCGACCCGUGCCCUUCUCCAUCCCCGACUAACUUCAGAGGAACUGAAGAUGCUGCGUCUCAGCCCAGCUGGGCUUAUGUUGUUCAUGCUUUGCAGAGUCAUCCACAGUCGGAUGCUGAUGGAAGGACUGCAGAGAUUCGGUGCCAUCCCAACGUAUCUUCCGGUCCGAUACCAGGUGCUGAACGCAGAGUCAGCCUUCUUCCUGAAGGAGGCCAACCAGGACAUUAUGAGGAACUCCAGCCUGCAGGUUCGUACGGAACUUUUCUUUAUCCAACAGGCCAGAAAGACGCCGUCGGUCAAUGCCAGUUACGGGCCGCUGUAUGUGGAACAGCCCGUGCCUGCGGAGCUUCUGGGCCCAGGACUCUUCAACAACCCUUCAUCCAUGUCGCCAUCAUCCACUUCCUCUCCACUCUUUAGUUUUAACUGGAAAGUGCAGACUUUUAUUAUCAGUGAGCGAAUCCACCCGAGUUGGCCAAAGGUUCAGGUUCUAUUCUACGUUGUGGGCCGAAACUGGGACGACUACAGUGCCGUGGACAAGUUGCCGUGUGUCAGGAUGUUUGCCUUCCACGAAACCCAAGAGGUACGAGGCACCUGUCGUCUGAAAGGGGAACUCGGACUGUGCGUGGCUGAACUGGAGCCACUGCCUAGCUGGUUCAGUCCCCCUAGUGUCAUACCAGGUCGACAGAGAUCUCCCGAGCUGGUUGAAGGCACUCCUGUGGAGCUGUAUUACAUGCUACAAUCCACCAACACUGGGGAAUGCAGCUCGGAGGACUCCCGCAAGACCAGUUCCAUCCGCACUGGGCAACUAGGCCCUGCCGGUUACUUUUUAGGGCCCACACCCAUGCGCAGGAUCGGCAGCGUGCGCCUAUUCCAGCCGCUCUCUGAGCUGCGUUUGGACAGUAAUUUUGUGGUGAUGGUUCCCUCCAGACCCAUCAGACAAAGGGAGACAGUGUCAGCCUUCCUAGCGGUCUCCACCCUUUCAUCAGUAGAGAUCUUCACUUUAAGGGUCAAGUUGAAGGAUGGUGUGGCAUUUCUGGGAGCGAGGGCCAGCAACCCGGUUCAGUGGACAGUUAGUCAAGACGUCAGGAGCGAGGGACACAGAGUGGUCACUCUGCACUGUCGCAGGAAGGAAGCCAACUUCGGGAAAAGUUUUGGCCAACAAAGAUCCAAACACAUGCACAUAUACAGUGACCUGCACCAUAUAGCCCUUUGGCCUUUAGCCCUCAAAAAUACA